GGAGAUGUUCUGAUAAAAGUAGAUUAUAUUGAUAACAAACUUUAUUAGUUAUAUAGAAGAAUCUAGAAGUUCUGACGGGUUGUGCCAUAAGAUUUGAGAACAAUGGAUUGGACAGUGUUUCCCCUUACCAUCUUGGUUGCCAUAACUUCUACAUUAGCUCGGCCAAAUGAGUAUAGUGCACCGACACAGGUAGAGAAUGAGAAUGGAAAUUCUGUUGACGGAGGUAACAUCGAGUACAGGCCUAACUUUGAGGAGCCUCAGACUCUUGGAGUUAGUAACCUACUCGACGCUGAGCAAUGGAAGGAGAUGCUCGCUCAGGGCAAGGUGCGAGACAUGAUCAACUCCAUCCAGCGAGCACUUGGAUCAGACAGGCCAGUCAAAAUGAGGACUCAGUGGGGUGGACCAGGUACUAGCGACAUCGGCAACACAGUCCGCAACACUGUCAACUGGAACGCUUUCAGAGACGACAAGACUAACCUCAACAUUGUCAUGGACUCUCAGUUUGCCCGGAGCAACGGCAAAGUCGACAUGAUCAAUCCUAGUGUCGGAAUAAACUUUCAGAUGAAAUACUAAUAGAUUGUAAUAAUUUCCCCUUAAUGCAUAAUGGGUGGUUACACAACUUACUCACCCAAGAAAAGAGGCUCAGGCAGUUGAUAUCACACUAAACUAAAGGAAGUAGGAUAUCAAAUUUAAUGUGUUGUGAGCUUUUUGUAUGCUGUCAACUGAAUAGACAUAUUUUCUUUAAUUUAA